AGUACACAUUCGUAUGCAGUUCCUUGAACUCCAGUGGAAGUAUUCUUGUCCACAAUUCUACACAGACGCAUCGAAGUCACACUCCGGCGUAUCAUAUGCAGCUGCUGGUCCGUCAUUUUCAGAAUCCGACGUCCUGCACCUGGAAACCAGCAUCUUCACUGCAGAAGCUUAUGCAGUGAUGGCGGCUGUGAAACAUAUUUCACACAUAACGCUUUCCCAUAGCGUUAUGCGGAAGUUUCAUGAGCAGGUAGAAAGUAAUGAAGGAGUGGCAGCAGUUGGCUGGCCGGUUCCCAAACAGACGCAACGCAGCGACGUGCCUCUGAUUAUGUUCUCUGAUCCACACCGCUCUCUUCCUAUCUUCCUAUAACGUUAGAUCUAAUAUUUUUCGUUCCAUCGCUCUUUGUACGGUCCUUAACUUGUUCUCGAGCUUCUUUGUUAAACAUCCAAGUUUCUGCCCCAUAUGUUAUCACUGGUGGAAUACAAUGAUCGUACACUUUGCUUUUCAACGACAGUGGUAAUCUCCCAGUCAGGAUUUGGCAAUGCAUGCCUCUGUAUGCACUCCAACCCAAUUUUAUUCUUCUGUAAAUUUCUUUCUCAUAAUUCUUUUUCAUGAUUCAUGAUGGUAAUGGAUAUAACCAAGUAAUUGCGGUUCCCCCUUCAACUUUGUUGUAACGAGUUAUUUACCCGAUUCUAACGUGCACCUUUCUUGAGAAAAUUGGGCAGGAAGUUGCCUGCGCAGUGCAGUUGGACAUGAAAGCAAAACCGCAUUCAUGGUGUUCAUACACUUUAUCACAUAACAUGGAUGUAUCGCGGCAAAGGUGAUCAUAAACCGUGCAGCAAAGUUGAGUUCAGCAAGCUGGCCACCGAAAAAUUAUGUGCGCAUUAGAUUUCUACUUUGUAUAGGAGCUUUAAUGUAAUUUCUAGAUUGGUUUUCUACUUUGGGCACAUAGAAAGUAGGCGCGCCUCUGAUUCGGGGGCAUGCUAUAAUAGGGCAAAUACUGCCAAAUGUAUCACCGGUGUGUUCUUUCCGCAUCUUGUUUAAUUCGGACCGUCGGGGGGCAAUUCAGUCAGUGUUGUCAGUCCCAUCAGGGUCAAAUUAACAGACGUUGACUGUAUCAGGCCUUUACUCUUGUCAUUGCUGAUGCGAAAAAAAGAAAACUCCCAGACCCUUCGUCCAUGUCCAGUUUUGGCGUGCUGUGUUUGACAGCCUUCACGGCCUCAGCCAUCCAGGAAUCUGUGCAACACAAAGGCUCAUCCCGGACUGCUUUGUGUGGCCAGGAAUUAACGCAGACAUUCGAUGCUGGGCGAAGACGUGCUGAACAUGUCAAGCAGUCUAGGUGACUUGUCACAUGCGCACAGCACUGCAGCCAUUUCAGCCACCAGAGCGUUCCUUUGACACCCUGGGUAUUCUUCCGCCUUCUCAGGGAUACAACUACCUGCUCACGUGUGUCGAUCGCUACUCAUGGUUACCUGAGGCGACGUCGAUUCUGGACAUCGCUGCCAGGACCGCCACACAGGUGUUUGUGGCCAUAGGGGUCUCGCGCUAUGGCUGCCUACUGCGCAUAACUGACUGCGGCCUACAAUUCCAGAGCAACCUGUUCUCUGCGCUAGCAAGGCUUCUGGGAACGCAGCUCCAAUACACUACGGCUUACCACCCAGUGAGCAAUGGAAUGGUGGAGCGUCUGCACCGCCAACUGAAGCGGCCAAGUUGGAUAGAGUGCACUGGAUGGAGAAGCUCCCUCUCGUUCUCAGCCUGCAUGCCGUGGUAAAACAAGACCGUGGAAAUGCUGUACGGCUCUACAAUCUGCAUACCGGGAGAAUUCUUUGGUGAGAAACCAAGCCCUUAUGCCAACACCUUUACAACACAUAGAAAAGCUACAUUCCUGGUUGGAGCACCUGCAAUCCAACGUGCCACGUGUCAGCUGCAACCAAAGAGUGUUUUUCUUCCCGGCCAUGAAUGUGGCAACCCAUGUGUUCGUGCGAUGGGACACAGUGAAAGCGCUAUUGACUCCUGUGUACGAUGGGCCUUUUCAUGUGCUGUCGCGGUCACAAAAAUCUGUGACCAUUCGUGUUCGCGACAGAGAGGAAGUCUUUUCUCUUGACCGCAUGAAACUGGCUCACCUCGACGACUAGCGCACGCAUUUGUUCGUUCUUUUUUUUUCUUGCUCCGCCGUCUAGUGCCUGCACAAAAGCCUUAUAUGGUCGCGGUUAGACUACGGUGCUAUAGUCUACCAAUCCGCUUCACCCAGCGCUCUGAAGAUGCUAGAUCCUGUGCACCAUCUAGGUAUCCGCCUCGCGACCGGUGCCUUCAGAACAAGUUCCUGGAAUCUUUUGUGUUGUGUCGACGAAAUACCUAAUGCCUUUCUCGUCAGGUACACUGAAUGCGCUAAUACCUUUGCAUUAUUUACCAAAAAGUUAACAGUCACUUUAGUCACGUUAAAGAGGAUGAAGGCGAAAGCCUGCACCCUCAUGAGACUUUCAUUAAAUUACUUGACACCUUCAUUCGAAUUACUUCCUAUUACUCUACCUUAAUUAAAUGUGUUGCCCUUGUGGCGGUCGCCAAUGCCGGGAGCUUGAAUUACAGCCCACAGGACGCAACGCAAUCCGUUAGAUGCCUCCCCUUUACUCAUGUGUUUGUGUAUAUUUGUGCGCUGGCGGCGCAUGGGCCGUACGCUGCCAACAUGCCUCCAUAUGUUAUCUCCCGCACGCCACGGGAGAGAUGCAGCCAACACGCCCCCUUCAUGUUAUCUUUUCUUUUCUGCAACGUGCUUUCCCUUUUGAAAUAUACCAGACUCGUCCCAAAACCUUCACGGGGAGCCAACAUUUUCUUUUCGUUCCCGCUGGGGGCAAGUACGCUACAGCCUUUCUAGUCUUGUGAUAACCAUUCAGAACAUGCAAAGAAAAUUAGUCGAUCUCGAAGACGAGCAGACAAUAAACUCCUUGUGCUUGGCUUACCAGGACCUGCUGAUAGAGCAUUCCAAUCUCUUACAAAUACCGUAGCAUUCGAAAUAUUUGAAAACACGCUUGGGAUCAAGGUCGAAAGAAUUUACCGGAUAGCACAAAAGAAGUGGAACAAGAAUAGGCCACUUGUGCUCGGGUCAACCGCCCACCGUGACAAGAUUAGUGUAUUCAAAAGCCCACCGUGAAAAGAUUAGUGAUAUCUCCAUUGCAGAAGAUGUUUCGACUGAAAGGAAAUAAGCAAAUAAGAAAGCACCUAUGGGAGUGCACUGCAAAUGUAACAAAAGACAUCUGAAAAGUGAAGUUUUCACAUGGACAAGGUCAUCAUAAAUGGUGAAAUGUAUGCUCAGCUCAGCCAACAAAAAAUCUAAAAAGAAACAGCGAACCUUCUUGUCCACUGAAGGAAACUUCUGUGGCAUUAAUCUAAAUGCUCGCAGCAUCGUAAAUAAACUAAGAGACUUGCAGAGCAUCUUAAUGGCACCCAAGCCACAUGUCAUUGUAAUAACAGAAACUUGGCUUCUCUCCAGUAUAUCAGACUUAGAGAUAAUACUGCCAGGGUACAAAAUUUAUAGAAAUACAGAGAUUAUCGAGGAGGUGGAGUUGCUUUGUUGCACAAAUCAUUACAAGUUCAAAUAUUACCCGAUUAGCAGAGGCAUUGAAUGCAUCAUUGUGAAAGUGUUCUUGGAUUAUUUCCCUCUUGUAAUUGCUGGAUUUUAUCGUCCACUUAAGUGUGACAUAUAUUUUGAUAAUCUUAUUGAAUUUUUAGGCAUUUUCUUAGAUUCAGACAUGCACUGGAAAACUCGCAUUAAACAGCUUUGUUCCAAGCUUGCCUGCGGAUGUUAUAUUCUUCUUAAGGCUUGUGAAAGUUUCGAAUAUCCCGUCCUACGCAUUCUGUACUUUUUCUUCAUUCAGAGUCGCAUAUCUUAUUGUAUUGAUUCACGGGGAAACACUUUUAUAACUUACCUUGAUCCUGUAUUCCGUUUGCAAAAACGCGCAUUAAGAAUGAUCACUUCUUCUAGGUGUACACAAUCCAGUACGUACUUGUAUAGCUCAUUGCAUGUGUUGCCAGUGCAUGCAUUGUAUGAAUUGAAAAUUGCUGAGGUCAUUCAUAGUAUUAUCGAAACCAAUGAUUCACUUCCAAUUACCUUGUUUAAAAUCCCAUUACGAAAUACAAGAGCUGCAACUCAGUGUCUUAAUCAGUGUUUUAAUCUGCCUCCUUGUAAUCUGUACGGGAAAAGGCUCAUGGAAUUUAACAGUGCACUAAUUUGGAAUUCUCUGCCAAUACAUAUGAAAGAAGCCCAUAACUUCAGGUCCGCUGUGAGGAAAUACUUUUUUUGAAAGCUACAGUCGAUAAAAGUACACUUCUUUUUAUUUACAUUCCUGCCUAAGUUGUGCAUGUCAAUUUCAUUGUUAUGUAUUAUGUCUGUUUUGUUAGUUCGUGUGUGUGAAGGAUAAAAGAACACCGAGUUUAUAUUUACCUUCGUGUAUGAGUUAUGUUAAUAUUAUGCAUUAUGUCUGCUGUUUCAGUUUGCUCGUGUGCUGCAUUUUAUACACUAAAUUGACUAUGGACCCGGGACUAACCAAUUGGUCCAGCAAUGCUUUCGUAUUUUGUAGAAUAUGUUGUAAAUAAAGAUGAAUGAAUGACUGAAACAUAGCAAGAAUCUUUUGCUUGCUGGCAAUUUCAACGUCCCGUAAGUCGGUCAAGCGAUUUCCCUGAUGCCCUUUGCGCGGCCACAGAACUUUUAAGUGAGAUUGUUCUUUUCCCUGGGCUGACUUGUAAAACAAUUGACUUGCGCACAGUACUCAUUACAUCGUUUCCUUGUAAACGACCACAGCCUUGUCCCCAGCUAUAAUCCGACUGCUGUCAUAUUCGAAGGAAUUUCAGAUCACAGAAUGGUAUGUCUCACGUACCAUUCGGAUUAAAACCCUCUAAAAGACUAACACUUAAUUCCGAUGUUCUCACAUGCUAGCGAUGUCAGUACGAUGCAUCGGACACCGAGUCCUCUAAAUUUGGAUCUUUUUCAGAACCUGAGUGUUUGCUGAUAGCUUUGGUGGUGCUUCAAAAGUCUUGUUCACAACUGUAUCGACACUUAUGUACCCAUAAAGUGAAAAGGUUAUCCAUGGAUGACAAGAGACCUCGUGCAUAUAGGGCGAAACUGAAAAGAAAUAAGAGAACACGAACCACACUAAUCAAAGGCUAACGCUGAUAAGCUAACCGACCUGCGUCUACUGCUGAAAAGUGGUAUUUCAAAAGCUAAAGAACAUUAUAAAGAUAUUUAUAUGAAAGAUUUCUUUAGUCAUGCCCGGAUAAGUUCGGAUGAUACUUAUCGCCAAAAGACUUGCUCAUCCGAUACAUGUGUUGACGGUACCAUACUGACUGAUAAACUGAAAAUUACAAAUGCUCUGUUGAUGAAAGUGAUGGCAAAACACCGCGCACAAUCAUUUUGGAUGGAUAACAUUCCACCCAUUAGCGACAGCAACAUAAACAUAGUUGUGUGCUGUAUUUGCUUCUUGAGCUUGAUGUAAUCAAGUCGCCAGGUGUCGACGAAAUACCUAAUGCCUUUCUCGUCAGGUACACUGAAUGCGCUAAUACCUUUGCAUUAUUUACCAAAAAGUUAACAGUCACUUUAGUCACGUUAAAGAGGAUGAAGGCGAAAGCCUGCACCCUCAUGAGACUUUCAUUAAAUUACUUGACACCUUCAUUCGAAUUACUUCCUAUUACUUGUUUUCUCCCACCAAAGGUCAUAGGUUGGAGUGCCCUAAAUAACUCUACCUUAAUUAAAUGUGCCUUAAUAAACUUUGCCCUAAGUAACACCAAGGGUCUGAGUCCUACCAAAGGUUGUGGGUGCGAGUGCCUUUAACUUCACCUUAACACCAAAGGUGAAGUGUUCGACUCCCCCAAAGGUCCCCCAAAGUGCCUGAAUUAACUUUUUCAUAAUUAACUUUGCCCUAACACCUAAGUUCGUGGGUUCGAUCCCUACCAAGGGUCGAGGGUCCCUUUUGAUCAGCUCUCUGCCUUUCUCUUUCUCUUUCUUCUGCAGCGUUUUGUUCAGCUUUCUCAGCUCUUUGCCUUUCCCUCUCCUCUGCAGCGUUUUGUUCAGCUUUCUCAGCUCUUUGCCUUUCCUUCUGACUCCCGCCAAAGUUCGUGGGUUUGAGUGCCUUAACUCUAUCUUAAUUAAGGUAAGAGUUAAUUAAGGCACUCGAACCCAUGUCCUUUGUUCGUGGCACAAUUGUGGCACCUUAAAGCCCAAACUGCAUGAGAACGAUUUUGUGCGCGACGGCUUCGAGCGAUGAAAUGGGCCGUCCCGCGAACAGAUCGCACGUUCUUGUCGCUCGAUUGCUCGGUUCUGGAAAUAUAGAAUUCGUCACUCAUCUCCCGGAAGUGCUAUGAGCGACUAGACAAGAGCACAAAGCCAGAACAGGAUGUACAUCAGUAAAGUACUACCGACUGUCGCAGGGAACAAGCAAACAACUAAAUUUUAAUACGUACAAGGAUAAGAACUUAGUGCAAGUCCAUUAGAAAUAUUGUGAGCGCAUUUUGUGUGAACGCUGCUCUUUACAGGAAAACACAUCAACUUCAAUUAAAAAAGCACGUGCCACGCCAGUUUCGGCGUGUAUUUGCUGAAAAAUGAAAACCUAUUCUCAAAAGCAACUGGCUGAUUCAGUGGAUAGAGGCAUAACUUACGGGCAAGCGACAGACAGUAGUUUUCAAUGACGCAGAAUCCAACUCAUCUGAAGUUCAGUCUGGAAUCCCACAAGGGUCAGUCUUGGGCCCCUCUUUUUUCAAUUUUUUAUUCAUGACAUUGUGAAGCAUACACCAGUUAAAAUUUGAAUGUUUGGAGUUGACUGCAUAAUGUAUCGAGAAAUUCGCAGUAAGGAAGAUCAGGCUGUUGUGAACUCAUCCUUAUCUGCUAUGAAAACAUGGUGCUUAGAAAGAAAGGUGACUAUUAAU